AUGAGCUUGAAAGAAGUAUUCGAACAACAUCCAUGGAGGUCUUUUAAGAAAUUCAAUGAAGCUGCAAAGAGUUCGGGAUUUACUAACAGAGCUGAAGUGAAAAGGUUCUUUAACAAAAAUGUUGUACAUCAAACAAAAAUAAAUCCUUACGACUACUUUUUACCAAUUUACUCCAACACUCCUGACGCAUACCAAUUUGACACUCUCAUUCAAAGCAGAAAAGGAGGACAUAAACCAUUCCUCAUCUUCAUAAAUGUUAACACUCGCAAAGCUUUUGCGUAUAUAAUGAGAAAUAAAGGAACUCGUGAAGUGUUAAGAGUUUUACAAAAGUUUGUAGCAGAACAUAACCCAAGUACUUUAACAUCAGACCAAGACAGUGCAUACCUCAGCAACGAAAUCACAGAAUUUCUCAUUAAGCAUAACAUAACUCACUACACUACUGAAGACCAUAACCAUAAUAUUUUAGGUAUCAUUAAUCGCUUCAUAAGAACGCUCAGAGAUUUAAAUCAAGAGCGAGACUUUACCGAAGAAACAAUGAAACAUUUUCUCGAAGUAUAUAAUUCCUCAACAAAUUCUACAACAGGACAUACACCAAAUUCAAUGACACAACAACAAGAAGAAAAGUAUAUACAAAAGAAACGAAGCCAAACACAAAAUAUCAGAAAUUCAACACAAUUUACCCUCAUUCCUGGUACAAAAGUUCGUGUAGUUCUUGACGACAAACCGUUGACAAAGAAACGUUUAAGGUUAAGUCGAAAUUAUUAUAUCGUAGACUCUACGCAAGGUAAUGGAUAUCUUAUAAAAGCUGCUGACGACUCCAUAGCAUUUACCCUCGUCAUAAAUUAG